AUGAUGAAAUUGACAUUGGAUAGUGUUUCAGAGAUAAAUUGUCAGAGUAAUUCUAAUUGCACCUUCGAUCAUUAUACAGAACCAGUUGUUCUCAGUGGUAUCAUAUUAACAUUUAUAGGUUUACUUAUUGGAUUAUUAAUCAUAUUUAUUAAGAAACUACAUUCCACAUCCAUAGUAAACAUUUGCUUUAUGGCUAUAACGUUGAUAAUUAUGAUUAUUGGUGUUGGAUUACUAAAUUCACGAACACGAUGGGGCGGCACUUUCCAACUAUAUUGUACUAGGUGUAUCCUGGAUUUGUUGGUGCUGUAUAAUGUUAAUUGUGAUUGUAUACACAGCAUAUUAUUUGUGUGGAUCCAGUGA